AUGGAUCAGGCAAUAGUUAUUGAUGAUGAUGUUGCUGUUAUCAUGAUUGAAGAUGACGAUAGAGAUGAGGUGGUGAUUCUAGAACGAGCUCUCAGUAUGCCCUCAACACAAUUUUUCAACGCCGACAUCAAAAACCGAGCUUCACGUCCAAAUACCAGAGAACAUCUCACAACACCAACCCUUAGGUCCCAAUCCGACAGUCCUCCUGCACCUGACCAUUCAGCUAAUCUCCCUUUCAUUGACUUGACGACCACUGGGGCUUUUAGUAGCACGAAACCCAAAGAGAGCACUAGCCCUGGAGAUAAAGUUUGCAGUCUCUUAACUAGUAUUCCGGGCUUCAUACCCCAAGACGAGGGAUACGAAUCUUCAAGGCUCUGGAAUAUCGCUGCUGAAGUCAGAACCAACCAAGAAACAUCACAAGACCGCAUUCAUCUCUCAAGAAGUCCGGGUACUAAAGAAAGCACUUUCAGCUCUCGCAACGAAAUGGUUGCCAAUUCUCGGAACACGCUUCAUACUCAUUCUAUGCCCGAGCGUCGCUCUUCCAAUGCAAGUGUGAUCUCGAUUUCAGAUGAAGGGGGUGGAGACGAAGAGAAAACGUCUUCUGCCAAGGAAAUGACGUCGCACACAGGUGAUAACGCCGUUGUGAUUGAAGACAGCGACGACUUUGAAUUUAAACUCGAAUCCCAACUUCUAGAGAAAUCCGAGUUCGAGUUCUUGCGCUCUGUUAGUGUGAGUGAAAAGUCGAAACCCCAGCCGAAACUCAAAGCCGUUCCGCUGCGCAAUCCUCCAAUUGUCAGCCCUUAUUUCGAAUGCGAAAAGUUUUUUCAUGGAAAGCUCAUCUUAAGACCAGCGAAGACUGUAGAACUGGAGGAUGGCGAUUUUAUUUACAUUAAACACAUUGUGGGGUACGUAAAGCCUGAAGAAAGCCGUAACCUUAGUCUAGAUAACGCUCCAAAUACUUCUAUCACUAUUCGAGGAUUCAGAUUACAACGAUGCAAGUACCUGAACGGUAUGCUAGAAAAGAAGAUGAACGAAAUCUGUCUAUGUUACGAAAUUGACUUAGAUGACCCACGGGCACCAGAAGAGCAAAGCCUUGUCGAAGUACCUGUAAGCUCUGUGAAGACACUACGUAGUCUUCGUUGGACAAAUCACAGCUACCCAAAGUAUCGCAACCUGAAUCGCGAUGCUACCUGGACCGAUGGGGAUACUUACAACAAAGGAGGACUUACUGUACGCUGGAAAUACACUUGUAAAUAUGCAUCAGCUUCAGCUAGAGAAAAGAACAUAUAUGCAGAGAGAACUCUAGAACGGAUCACGGAGGAAUGGUUGUCAUCAGUACAUCAAAACACGCAAUCAUACCUAGCCUCAAACACCCAACUUCGAACCGAAUGGCGUGGAGAAACGGUUCCUGGUGGUGCUUAUGUACCAGAAUGCUACGAUAUUGAUGGAGAAGAAACAGCGGCCCAAGUCCGGCGACCUCAAAAUUCUGCCGUGGUCGAGGAUACCGAAAGUCGUCCUGAAACACUCAUAAUCGUCGACGAGGACGAUGAGGACGAUGAUGGCGAUGAUGGCGAUGAUACUUCUUCAACUGCUAGAUCCCAAAACUAUGAGGCAGGUGGAAUCAAAACUAAACGCAAGUCAGAUUUCUCGUCCUCUUCAGACCGAUAUAGUGACCAAGAAGAUAACAAACCAGCAAAAAGAACCCGCCAAGUUCCCGAGGACGAUAUGGAGCAGAUUAGGCAGCGUCUAGGUCGGAUGAAGCUUGCGUUCAACGGUAAAGAAUAUAUCAAGCAUUCUUACAACAUCGAGACAUUAUCAGAGACGGUUCCAAAGAGUGAGCCCGAAAGCAAGCUGACCUCCACACAACAAAUUCGUGAUACGAGUAGAUCAGCUGGAGGCCUUCGAUUCUACAGAGAUUUUCGACCAAGAUUGAGGGGUCGCUUGACUUUACCAAGAAACAGUGCCCUUAAAUCUCGAGCUCCAUAUCUUGAGGCUAGUGUUUCACUGCCCUCCUCCCCAGCUCCAUCCCCAAACAUUCCUCCUCAAAUCGAGAUAUCUUCAUCUGAGCUAGCCUCUCCACCACCUAACGGACUCAAAACACCCUCACUCAAAGAACCACUCAUUCUGGCUCCCGGACAAACCUUUACUUAUGGCGAUGCAUUUUGUGGAGCAGGAGGUACCACACGCGGCGCCGUCAUGGCCGGUCUCCGCGUAAAAUGGGGUUUCGACUUCGAUCAGCACGCCUGCGCAACCUGGCAUCUCAAUUUUCCCAACGCAAAUUGCUACGAGAUGUCCUCCGAACGCUUCGUAUCUCUGGCUACUCCUUCUCCGUAUUCUUCAGACAUUCCUAAUGAUGUCAAAGUUGAUAUUCUUCAUCUUUCACCUCCGUGUCAGUAUUUUUCGCCUGCGCAUACAGUCGAAGGUAAGAAUGAUGAGACGAAUACUGCGAGUUUGUUUGCUGUAGCUGCAGUCAUCACAGUUGCGAAACCGAGGGUUGUGACGCUGGAAACAGACAUUUGGCAUUUUAUAUCCGAGGGACUCCCGCAAAGACGAUUCCGUUUGAUUAUUAUCGCAUCAUGCCCUGGCGAGCCCCUUCCCCCCAUGCCCCUACCAACACACUCCUCGUCUCCCUCUCUCAAUAAGACUAAGCCCUUUAAAACCGUCUCCCAAACUCUCCGCGAAAUCCCCAAUUCCGCAGCAAACCACUCACCUCACCUCCUUCCAGAAAAAAAUCUCAGACCAUAUAAUCCCCACGCGAUUCUUCCACGCACAAUGACCACCAGCGGUGGUGAUAACUGGCAUCCGAGCGGAAAACGAGGAUUUACCGAUCGAGAAUUCGCUUGUUUGCAAGGGUUUCCUUUGAAGCAUCAGUUCGGACAAAAUGGGAUUAAAAGACAGAUUGGGAAUGCGGUACCGCCGGUUGUGGCGAAGGUGUUGUUUGAGGGAAUUAGAAGGUUUAUGGAGGGGACGGAUGGGGUUGUAAGGGAUGAGAGAGAUGGAUAUGGAGAUGAGAACGGAGAUGGGGAUGGGGAGAUGGACGAUAAAAUGGAUAUUUGCGAAGAUAUCGACAUGGACGGAGUGCAUAUCGAGGAUACUGAUCAUGGUUUAGAGGUCGUGGAUCUUGUUGAUGAUACGGAUUCUGAAGCAAAAACUAGGAGUCUGUUGAGCGAUGAGAGUGGUGACGAAAUUGAAAUUGUUGGGGUCGCGGAAGUGGGAAAGCAUAUAGUUAUUGAUUAG